AUGAAGAUAAUACCCAAGGUCGGCCUAAAGCUUCUAAAGAAGCUGUUGCCAAAGAAAGGCAACAAUGUUGACCCGGUAGCUUCAGACGCACAAGAUAAUAGUUCUCCUAAGAACAAGAAGCAAUCAUUGCCUGAACCCCCUGAAGAAUGUCCCAUAUGUCACGACCCUGUCGGUAUCGCUAAUCCCGAGGGUAUCGUUGAAUCAUGGACCAAACUACACUGCGGUCAUAAAUUUGGCACACACUGCAUCCAGACUUGGCUACAAGAAUCUGUCAACCGCGAUCCGAAUAUCAAUCCGAGUUGCCCCAUCUGCCGAAGUACGGCUAAGCAUCCUUGCGGACACUUGAUAAGUCCCCCACCCUUCCCGUCUCUUCAUCUGGAUUGGCAAUCACCUCGAACCCCGCCACCACCUCCGCGACGCCACCAGGUCCGUCGCCGCCUUACCAGACGACCGGGUCAUCCACUCCGUCCCCCACCUCAACCUCGUCGCCGGGCCCAGGUGGUUGGCGAAUGUAGAACCUGUAUCGAGAAUGCCGAGUUUGAGGAGCGGCUGCGUAGCAGGAUUAGGGAACGUGGACGGCAAGACACAGGUGGGUCGUCGACUAGCGCUGGCGGCCGGUCUGCAGCCGCUAUCAAGUCCAUCAUACCGGGACUAAAGAGAUCUACGAACACCGUCCGCACGACAGUCAUUCAUGUGGGCAUUGAUCCUCACGAGGAAAGACAUCCGCGAAGUGUCUUCUGCGUCUCGCCGCAUGUCUCAUCACGCCGGAUGCCUCGACACUCGACGCCACCUCCGGGGUAUAAUAGACGUCUCAGCAUAUAA